GUCCAAGGCUGAAGCUGGAGCUCAGCACCAUGUGGACAGGGAUUGGAACCGGGAGGCAGACCGGGGUGUGGAUCUGGAUUGGGCUUUGUGCCAUGAUAUCUGCUUCUGGAAGCUUCAGUCAUUGGACAGCAGGUGCCUCCUGGGGUCGAUCACCAACAAGAUGGAACAUGACGAGAAAUAUUAGGAAGGACAGGCAGCCAGGAAUUUGGAAAGAUGGAGAGCAUAGACGAGGAAAGCGAAACAUUGGGUCUUGUGAAAACAACAUGUAUCAGGAUAUGAAAACAUCAUUCUGCUGCAAGAAGUGCUCUGCAGGUUUCUAUGUAGCUGACUCAUGUAAGCAGGAUGGUGAGCUGCCAGUUUGCCAGCCCUGCCCAAGGGGCACUUAUCUUGCCUUUGAGAAUUACAUUCAAAAGUGUCGGAGCUGCACUCUGUGUGAUAAAGAGUUCCAAACAACUCUUCGUAGCUGCACCGCUACUAGUAACACUGUCUGUGGCUGCCAUCCACAUCAGUACAAGCAAUGUCACCUUGCCAACUGUCUGAGCUUCCAAUGUCAGAAUUGCUCCAAAUGCAGCAACAGGCUGGUCAUCAAAAAUUGUUCAAUGAAACUCGAUACUCAAUGUGGAGAAUGUCUGCCAGGAUUUCACCAGCAUGUUGGCCAGUGCAAGGCCUGCACAGAGGAGCUGUGUCAGAAUAAAUCCUCUCCCAGCUGUUCCUGUUUGCCUUUCAACCCACCUUUGAUGCACACAGGAUUGAAGCCCAUUCUGAUUUUGGCUACUGUGGGAUCUGUCUUCAUUCUAUUUGUGAUGCUUCAGUUUUUGCGCCAGAAAUUUCAACGUGAGAGAGGUCCAGAAGUACUGGAGACCCCAACUGUCACAGUUCCUGAAGAAGACAAAAAGCUAAAGAACGAAGACAAGACCUUGCCAUUUGAGAUUCCAACUCCGGAUGGGAAGUUAGACCUCAUUGGCGAGGUCCUGACCCAGCCACUGGCAAACAACAACAUUUAUGGGACCAGUCCCCAGACGACACUGCUCAAACAUGAGAUGCAAGCAGCCACGUCCCUGAAGGGAAAGACUUUGUAUGAGAUCAUCAAUUUGGUGCCAGUGCGAAGAUGGAAAGAGUUGAUGCGUUUGUUGGAGCUGAGGGACUGUGAUAUUGAGAGGAUUGAGAUGGAUGUUGCCCAGUCCCGGGACCAGCAGUAUGAAAUGCUGCGACAGUGGAGCCAGCAACAUACAGCCUCAAUGGAGUCCGUGUACCAGGCCUUACAGAGCAUGAACCUAUCAGGAAUAGUGGAGGAACUUCAAACCAAACUGCUCAACAACACUAACUCACUACAUUAAACAACACAGUCACAACUCAGGACACAGGGAUGGUGAUGGCAAAUUCACUGCUUUGAAUAAAGCCAGUUCCUUUAUUUGCCAAUUCGUCGGUUUGUUUUGCAGCCUAAAGUACCUCAGACCUGCCUAAAUAUUGGGGCAAGGCCUCAGCACUUUAAUUGCAUCAUUGUCUGUGGUACAGGAUUCAGGUCUCGAGGUCCCCAUUCCAUGAUCCCUGAGGUGCUGAGGCACUGACCUUGACGAGCACUCACCUCUCUCUGUUACAGCUUGUUCCAGAAAGAGGAUAAUCCAGAGCACAAGUCUUGCACAACAACCCCCUUCACUUGGAGGAGCGAGCAGUAUUGGAGGCUGCUCCCUAUGAGCUAGGGGACAAGUUUUGGAGGCCUAUUUAUCAACUUUUGUCUGCUUUUCAAGCUUGGCCUUGAAGAGGGAACAUAAUGGGGGAGGGGAACUAGGCGAUGGGAGAGGGUAACACGGUGGGUGAUGGGGCAAGGAAGUAUGUUCUAUGUACAGUGUGUUUGUAUUAUUGUAUAUAAAUCUACAGGUGUUAAUAAACAGUAAUUCUGUUUA